AUGGGCAGCUACACUUUCAAGUGGGAGCAUCCCGCCGAAGAAGUGUUCGUCACGGGCACCUUUGACAACUGGACGAAGAGCGAGCAGUUGGUCAAGGAGGGUGACGUCUUCCAGAAGACGGUGGCCCUGAAAGAUGCAUCGCAGAAAAUAUACUUCAAGUACGUCGUCGACGGAAACUGGACGGUAAACGAGUCUUCUCCCAAGGAGGCCGAUCACGAAGGCAACGUCAACAACUUUAUUACUCCUGAGGACAUUCUCAAGUCCGACCCCGCAGCUGCCUUCAUCAGCACCGUUACUCCCCAGUCCACUACCGCUAAAAUGGCGAGUGAGCAACCCGUUGAGAAGCCCGAGGGUAUCGCUACCCCUUCUGACGUUCCCGGCGGCUUCCCGGCGACCCCCCAAACCGAGUUGGACAAGACGGUCAGCGUCAAUCCUCUGCCCGCUGCCGCUGGUGCCAUCAACCCCAUCCAGCUCGCGCCUGGCGAGGAGGUUCCCAAUGUUGGCAUUGAGAGCACCAAUGAGCACGUCAAGCUCGACAAGGAGUCUUAUGAGAAGAGCGACGCCCUUCCCGGCGUCGUCGCCGCCGACCUGCCUCCUGUCACCAGCAAUCUGAUUCCCGAAUCCAGCCUUCCCGUGACUGCUGCCUCCGAGGACGUCCACAUCAACACCGUUGGUGCUGGCGCCACUACCGUUGGCCUGGCUGCUCAAGUUCCCCUUGAGGCCAAGGUUCCCGAAGUCGUCAAGGAGAGCCAGGAGAAGGCCAACGCCGAGCCUGAAGCCGCCGCCGUCCCCGCAGAAGUCGAGGCCAAGGCCAAGGUUGAGGAGGAGCUCAAGGAGAAGGUCACUGAAGCUCCCGUCACCUCCGAGGACAAGCCUGUCCUCGACACCGGUGCCAUUGCUGCUGCCGCUGCCACAACCGGCGCUGCUGUUGUGGCUGCUGUCGUUGCCGCCAAGGACAGCCUUGUCGAGACCGCCGCACCCGUCGCCAACGACACUGUUGCUGCUGCUGUUGAUGCCGCCAACAAGAACCUCCCCGACUCCGUCAAGGAGCAGCUGCCUGAGCCCGUGAAGGAGACACUGGCGCAGCACGAGACUGCCGCCAAGGAGGAGACACGAGAGGAGGUAUCUCCCGAAGUCCCCGCCGAGGUCAAGGAGUCCAUCACCGAGGCCGGCAAGAGCCCCGAAGCUGCCGCCAACACUGUCGCCGUCGAGGAGAAGAAGGAGGUCGAGGCCGAGCUGCUGAAAGAAGUCAAGCCCGUCGCGGCUGUCGAUGAGCCCAAGGUUGAGGAGACCAAAACCCCGGUUGAGGUGCCCGUCACCUCUGCUACCAUUACCGAUGUGGCAGCCAUUGACAGCCCAGUGACCGAGGUCAGCAAUGUCCAGGUGACCAAGACUGAGGUCCCUGUCGAGGAGCUCACCAAGGACGCCCCCGCAACCGAGGCGCCCAAGGCUGUUGAGGAGCCAAAGGUCGAGGAGCCCAAGACUGAGGUGGCUGCCCCGGCUCCCAUUGACACAACAGUUGCCUCGGAAGCCCCCAAGGCCGACACCACCGUCGAUACCCCCGUCACCGAGACUGACAAGACGGAGGUGCCUCCGGUCGACGCGGCUACUGAAGAGCCCGCCAAGGCCGAUGCUGCCAACGGCACCAACGGCGCCCAUAGCGAUAAGACGUCUGAGAAGAAAAAGAAUCGUAUCAGCGCCUUCUUCAGCCGGUUCAGCAGGCACAAGUCCUCGGACAAGAACUAG